GCGCGGUCCCAUGCGCUUCCAUUCAUUACCAGCGCGCAGGAGGGUGUGUGUAUGAGUGCGUGAGUGUGUGUGUGUGUGUGUGCGCGCGCUGUCCCUGACCAAUACAUACAGACACACGGGAUGAAGAUGAUGAGACUCUACUAGGACGAGUGAACCUUCUAGAUUGGAUACAUUUCGGGAUCGGACCUGAAUCAGCGUGUUUGGCGCUCGGACUCCCCAUCUGCGUCUAUUAAUCGGACAUAUAUCUGCCUAUAUAGCCGACAUAUAGAGGAAAAUCUGCGUCUCUCUGUAUAAUGCCGACACAUAUGAGAUUUCGGAGAAGGUCAUUUCUCGGGCUUUUAUUUCUCUUCUCGCUCUCCACUUCUGCACUGUACUUCAUCUAUUCAGCUCCUGGCAUAGUUAAUGAGUACCUGUUCAUGGUUCAGGCCCGUGGAAUCCAGAUCCGUGAGAAUGUGAGGUAUAUGGGAGCUCAGGUUAUUGAGCAGAUGGUCCGCGGUGCCUACAACAUCAACGGCACAGACUAUGCAUAUGAGUUUAACUUGAGUGAGACAGAUCUUCCCGCCACUCCUUACCUCCCGGAGGGUUUCACAUACAUGCCUGACCAGGUCUGCCCGGAGAAACUGCCCUCUAUGAAGGGCCAACUUAAGGUGAACAUGAGUGAGAUCACUCUGAAGAAGGUUGAGAAACUUCUUAAGCAGGCAGAUCCAAGUCUGUCUCUCGGGGGCCACUGGAAACCCCACGACUGUCUCCCACGCUGGAAGGUGGCCAUCCUGGUUCCUUUUCGUAAUCGCCACGAGCACCUUCCCAUACUUUUCCGACAUCUGAUCCCAGCGCUUCAGAGGCAGAGACUGCAGUUCGGCUUUUAUGUCAUUGAACAGGCAGGAAAUGAACCGUUCAAUCGUGCCAUGCUGUUUAAUGUCGGCUUCAAAGAGGCCAUGAAGGACUUGAACUGGGAUUGUGUCAUUUUUCACGACGUUGACCACAUUUUGGAAAAUGACCGCAACUACUAUGGAUGUGGCGAAAUGCCAAGACACUUUGCGGUCAAACUCAACAAGUACUCUUACAUGCUUCCGUAUGAGGAGUUCUUUGGUGGUGUGAGCGGACUCACCGUGGAGCAGUUCAGAAAGAUAAAUGGCUUUCCUAAUGCAUUCUGGGGCUGGGGAGGGGAAGACGACGACCUUUGGAACAGGGUUCAGUUUGCUGGCUACAAAGUGAGUCGACCUCAUGGAGACAUUGGUCGUUACAUGUCUAUACCACACCACCACCGAGGGGAAGUCCAGUUUCUGGGCAGAUAUAAGCUGCUCCGUAGAUCCAAGGAGAGACAGAGCCUGGAUGGCCUAAAUAACUUGAAUUACUUCCCUCUAGUGUCCCGGAAGAGUUUGUACACUAAUGUGUCAGUGACGCUCAGUCGAGACCUGGCCCCUGUCGGCGAUUACUGACAACACACGGGGGAAGACAGACCCAUGCCACAUGCUACACCAACGUUUUUUUUUUUAGGAAGGGGAAUUGUUGUGUUUUAUUUCAUUUCUUUCUUUUUCGUCUUUUCAAACUAAUUUUAUAAGUUAAUUUGACCAAAUUUUUGUUUCUUUUCCUUUUUUACUCAUCCACUGUCUAUCAAGUGAAUGGAUCCGUUUUGGCAUCCAAAACCCCAACUGCUGGUUUACCCUCGUCGGACCAAUCAGAUCCGACAUGUGGUGUGUCUUCUAAUCAGACUUCGCCUGGGGGUGAAGUCGCAUGUUUACAGCAUGAAUGAGAAAAGCUAUUGAACAAGUUAAUGACAGUUAUGCUAAUCGACUUCAGAAUAGCCAUUGUAGGAGUUGAGGGCUAUGCCCUUUUCUCUACCAGAAACAAACACAGCUGGUUCUGUGUGUUAGAGUAGAAACCGAUAAAUGCAGAUUAAAAUAUUUAUUAAAUGUACAAUAAACAAGCAUGCACUGAUACUUACAGUAGAUGCUACUAACAUCACGGGUUUAAGUGUGAGUAUUUGCUCAUGAAACAUGGAAGUGAAUGCUCUCGAUCAUUUUAGCUGUACAAAACAAUCACGCUUAUCUUGACAUUUAGAAUGACCCCGUGAAACAGCUUGACAAGCACAGCGUCCUUUCCUCUGUUCAAGUAUUUUCCACGAAAACAGGAAGUCGGGGCACAUCAAAGGGCUUGUACCUUUUUUAAACAGCCAGUAGCUUUUAGUUUGUGAUUUGCUACUUGCUGUUUCUACAGGGAGGUGGCAUUAAAUUACAUUAAAAUUGCCCAGAAGUGCAAGAUUAGUCUUCUAUAUUUAUGGGCCGAGAUAUUUUCAUCUGUACGGUAAACCUGAAUCUGCUAAAAGUGAGUUUUCUCCACUCUCGGGACUACACCAGCACAUCAGACCUAACAGGCACGGACUAAAAGCCACAAAACGAGGUCGGAAGAGCUGUAUACAAACCACUGCAAUGCCAGCAAAAUGCGCCUCGGUCUGAAAGGUCACGCAUUUUUGCUCUAUACACUGGGAUAUGUGUCAUUGGAACUAGAUUAGGACCAGCUGACUUGUUAGUUUUAGGAUUUGUCGAGCUGUAUUUAUGUGGGUCUGCUGGUCGUUUAAAACACUGGACUGUCUGUCGAACAAACAUUUUGUUGUUUGUGCAAACAGAGGGGUUUUUCCAUUAGUUCCUGCUUACGUUGUGUAGAUGUUGUAAGUGUUUCCCAUGCACUGCCCUUCACAUUCAAAUCGACGUGCUUUGCAUUUUGAGAAAUAUGCUGUUGCCUCUCUGCGUGUGUAGUCACCUCACCUCAGCUGACGUGUGAGUAGGUUAGAAAACUAGAGCCAAUAUUUGACAUUUUUUAACUACGAGUGUUAUUGCCAGGUAAUUUCUUGAACUGAAUUUGGACAGACAGACUGAGCAACUCUACUAUUAGACCAAACACACACACUUUGGGCCUCAUUCAUGAAACCGCUUGCAUUCAAAAAAUGUGUGAAAAUGUAGAACACACGCAUAUCGUUUACAAAAAAUUGGCUUAUUUUGUAAAGAACUUACACAGCAAUCGAUUCUGCUUGCCUUUUAUAAUAUCCUGAGACACAAUGUCCACAUCAGCCAUUUAUGAAUCAUGAAUGAGGCCCUUUGGUUUCAUUCCUCCGUAAUAGCACGUUAUUAUUAAACCCGUUUAGAAACCUUAGAGGCUUCGUAAUGCGUAUUUGUGAGCGCGACUGUGUGCAUUCAUCAUACUAGAGAGGCUGGUCCUCUUAUUUAUUCAUUCUUUUAUGAACAUGUUUGUUUUUUAAUUAGUUUUAGUUCAUUUUUACAUAUCUUGUUUUACUGUAAUUGUGAUCAUUCUGAGGGAAACAGAUCAAGUAAGACAACUGUGAUGUAAAAACAAGCACUGAAAUGUGUUUCUUAUCGCAUACAAUGUGAUCUUGGGAAGAGAGUCUGUUCGUAUGAUGACACGAGAGAACAAGAAAGUUAGAGAGACGGUUCUUGAGCGCCAACUUAUCACGCCCAUAUAACCAAUGGUGCUGAUCUCACAGACAUUUGACUGUGCUGCUGUGGUACCUUUGUCUGGUAAGAGAUAAUUAUACGGGAUUGGAACUAAUUACCCUCUUGCCUCACUGACCAUCUCGGCAGCGUAAUCUAUCCGUGUAGCAGGUUAAUCGUGUUUAGCGGGACAGGCGCUCAAGCAGGUCUCUCUAAUGUUUGAUUCUCUCUGUGUUUGACGUUCAUGGAGUUUUACGCCAAUGUUUGGGGUCUUUUUUUUUUAUUUAUUUACCAAUUAACAAUUAAUAUUCUUACACCGUGUCCUAACUGGGUGCAACAUGACAAAAUUCCAGUAUGAUGCCGCAAAGUUAAAAGUCAAGUGACCAACAAAACAAUCUUUGCUUGUCAAGUUUGGUUUGGUAAAAAAAACCUGUUGGUGUAUUGCGCAUCUAAAUACACUCUACACUGUAAGCCCGUAAUAAUAUACAAGAAUUUCUUUAUUAUUCGAAUAAGGAUUUGAAAAUUUGAAAUUUAUAAAGAAUGUUUUAAUUCAUUCUAUAGUUGUUGUUUUUUAAAUUUCUUGAUUCCAAAUUAUCAUUAGCAUUCCUUAUGAUUUUUUUAAAGUCUUUUGCACCUGCUUCCAUUAAAAAAAGAAAGAAAAAAACAAUACUGAUCUCAAAUCAGAGAUAAGACACAUUAAAUCUUACUGGUCCUGCCCCUUUUUCUUGAAGGGCCCCGUCAUUGGCACACUCCAGUCCCUGUAUAACCCAUUCCGCUCCAGUUGAAAUGACAGGGAGGGUGACAACCCAUCCCUCGAACAACUGGCUGCCUUAAAACCUGUUAAUUUAUUCAAUAUACUCAUGUUUUUAUUUUUUAUAAGCAAAUAUAUUUAAAUAUGUUAAUGUGUUUAUUCACUUGUGCAUAUUGUGUAGUGUGUUUUGGAGCAAAAAGAAAAAAAAGUCAUAUAAAGGAACUUUAAAGAUUGACUUGUUGUUAAAGAAAGAAUUUGGAGCCCUUUAGUCAGACAGUGAUUUGGUGCCAUUGACCUCUCUGUGAAUGCCAUGAGCUGUACGAGCUGUAUUUUCUAUUCACUCCAACAUUUGUUUCUUUUUUUUUUUUUUAAUCAUAACAGGCCUUAAAUACUGUUUUUAGGAUCAUUUGUGAUGAUGAAGAUAUUAUCAUACGUCUUAUUUAAGAUUGGCCAAACACGUUAUUUUUAAAUUAAUUUUCUGCAUCUUGAAAUGAAACAUUCAAACAUUCAUGUUUGUAUAAUACCAAGACAACUGAAAUGUAAUGAAAAAUAAGAUGCUGUCAUCCAUUAUAAGGAGAUCAUAUCUCCUUGAAGUGAAGCCAUCUGCCACUCGUACAACACAUCUCGGCCUUAGUAUCUUUCAGUAGAGACACUUUCUAUGAUGUGAGAUCUUUUUUUUCAUUGUUAAAAUGACUGAAGUACACCAAUAAAACUUUAAGCAAUA